AUAUACGUCAGUGGGGAACGUCUGUUUACGGAGUCGUGCGUCUUAUGUCGUUGGUCGCUUAGCAACGGAGGACGCCACGCAAAGAGUAUGGCAGCGGGUCGAGCGGUAGAAGCGGAGGAUUACCUCCAGGAAAACAAGAUAAUGGAGCUGGUGAACAACUUAACGAGUCUCCUCCUGUAUCACCGGCCUGACAGACCCAGGGAAUUCCUUAUAACGCAGCUUGAAAAACUGAAGCUUGCCCGGCUGGCAGAUGCGGAAUACCCCUGCCUUUUUGAUGAGUCUAAUGUGGAUGCUGUCUUUGGGAUUCUGGACCCUUCAGGCCAAGGCUAUAUCACAGGGACUCAGUACAUUGAGGCUUUGAAAACCCUGGGUGUGGAUGUUAGCAACUUACCCUAUCCUCCAGAAAAAAUCACACAGGAGGUCUUCAAACAUGAUAUGAGGACUCAUCUGAAAAAAUCUUCAGCAACAUUUAAGACCUAGCUCCUCGGCUGUCAAUCAUUGCUGUAGUUAUAUUUUUUUUAAUGACUCUUAUUACAUUGUCCCAUGUAACCAUAAAAUCACUUUCAUGUAAAGUGUGUCCACUUAAUGAUGGUUUUCCCACAAUAUUCUGCAAUGUUGUACAGAGAACAUGUUUUAAGUAUGCAGUUAGAUUUUGUAUUGAUUUGUACUACAGACUGUGUGUGGUCAUGUCAUAAAUUCAAUUGCUGCUAAGUUUUAUUGUCUAAUGCAGGGAUCAGCAACCUUCGGCACUCCAGCUACUGUGAAACUACAACUCCCAGCAUGCAAACUUGGCUGUUCUUGUAACUCCCACAGAAGUGAAAGGAGGCUUCUGGGAGUUGUAGUUUUAGAACAGCUGGAGUGCCGGAGGUUGCUGAUCCCUGGUCUAAUGCAUAAACAUACGGGAGACGUGCCAAAUUUAUUACAGUGGUUCCAACUGUAUGACAGUUGGCACAUCUGGACUGACUUGUCAGAUACCUUUUUUUUUUUUUUUUUACCUUAUACCACCUAUUGGUUGGCUUCCUUUAGAACAGUAUUUGGCACCAAAAUUGUGGUGUAAGUGAUUAAUAGAUUUGCUUUAUUUUAGGACUGCAGCCAUAUAUAUUUUUUUGGUUAGUUUGGGUGGGCACCUGGGCAAUACAGAUCUCUGCAGCAGGGGAAGCUGGCGGGAGAUGAAAGGAGGAGGGGCCGGCUCCAGAGGAUGGCUGUACCAACAAGAGCAGGGCGCGCUGCUCAAGGACCACAGCAGAUAUGUCCCAGACAAGGUGACAGCAACAGCCUGUGAUGUAUGUGGUGCAGUGUGUGAUCAUCACACCCUGCACGCCAUACAUCUGACGCUGAUGUAUGUGGGGCAGUGUGUGUGAUGUAUGUAGUGAAUGCAGGCAGGCUAUUAUAGCCAAGUGAUAACGUACAGGGAAGAUCCAGUAUAUUGGACUGUACUUUAUCCCUUAGCUAUAAUUGCCUGCUGUUAGAUUAGUAAUGUUUCCCCCACAUAAAUACCCACGUUGACACCGCCACUAUAUAUUUCUGUUGUUCUGCUCUGUUAGAUGAGCAGAACAAUUAAUAUAAUGGAAGUGCUGGAUCGGGCAUGUAAGGCUGGGUUUUAGUCAUAAGUUCAACAUACACAAAAACCGUAUAUGUUAACCACUUAAGGUGAAAAUGAGCCCGGUCCCUAAGGACCAGGCAAUUUUUUUUGCAAAUCUGACCAGUGUCACUUUAUGUGGUGAUGACUUUAAAACGCUUCGACUUAUCUAGUCCAUUCUGAGAUU